UCAGUCCAAAGAUCACGGUUUGCGCAGGUGUCUGUUGCCUGUGAGGGUAUAUAACGGACCCGGAGAGCUCGAGGCAAGAGUAGGAAACACACAGCGAGGAGAGGAGAGGAGACGAGAGGGACAGAGGCAGAGCGAGUGACAGAUAGAGACAGACGGAGACAGACGCGGAGAGAGAGACAGAGACAGAGCGAGAGGCGGAUAGAGACAGACGGAGACAGACGCGCGGAGAGAGACAGAGACAGAGCGAGAGGCGGAUAGAGACAGACGGAGACAGACGCGGAGAAGGAGAGACAGAGACAGACACAGGGAGACAGAGAGAGACAGACAGACAGAGGAGAACAUCACAGCGAGACAGAGACAGAGAGAGAGACACACACACACACACACACACAGAGAGAGGGGGAGACCUACCUCGGUGUAGAUGGACGCUGGAAUGGACCUGCUACACAGCUCUGGGGUGGACUUGGUGCAGUAUCUACAGGUGAACUACAAGGAUUCUCAGGGCUGGUUCACCUUCAUCUCGUUCGUGGCUGACCUGAGGAACACCUUCUUCGUUUUCUUCCCCAUCUGGUUCCACGUGUGCGAGGCCGUGGGGGUCAAGCUGAUCUGGGUGGCCGUGAUCGGGGACUGGCUCAACCUCAUCUUCAAAUGGAUUCUGUUCGGACAGAGACCCUACUGGUGGGUGCACGAAACCUCUUACUACGCGGGCUCCCCCGUACCUGACCUGGAGCAAUUUCCCAUCACCUGCGAGACAGGACCAGGAAGCCCCUCGGGUCACGCUAUGGGGUCAGCGGGCAUCUGGUACGUGAUGGUGACAGCGGUCCUGACCUUUGCCCUCCGCAACAAGGAGCAUCGCAUCCAGAGCUGGUUCCUGCGAGCGGGGCUGUGGGGAGCCUUUUGGAUCAUGCAGAUCAGCGUCUGUGCCUCCAGGGUCUUUGUGGCCACUCACUUUCCCCAUCAGGUCUUCAUGGGGGUCAUCUCAGGGAUGGUGGUGGCCGAGGCUUUCGGUCGCAUCAACGGGAUCUACAACGCCACGCUGGCCAGAUACCUGAAGGUCACCCUGUUUCUCUUCUUCUUCGCUCUGGGCUUCUACCUGCUGCUCCUGGUGCUGGGUGUGGACUUGCUGUGGUCAGUGGAGAAGGCCAAGCGCUGGUGCGCCAGGGACGAGUGGGUCCACAUGGACACGACGCCCUUCGCCGGGCUGGUCAGGAACCUGGGAGCCUUCUUCGGCCUCGGUCUGGCCCUCAACUCGCCCAUGUACGCAGAGAGCUGCGGGGGCAAGAGGGGGCGUCAGCCGGCCUUCAGGCUGGGCUGCAUCGGGGCCUCCCUCCUCCUCCUCCACCUGUUCGACUCGGUCAAGCCGCCCACCCAUGCCGAGCUGCCCUUCUACCUCCUCUCCUUCUGCAAGAGCGCGGCUGUGCCUCUGGCCUCGGCCGCCAUCAUCCCCUACUGCCUCUCCCACCUCGUGUCCUCUCCGCACAACGCCAAGGGCCUGUAAGCGAGAAAACGCCAGGCUCCUGGGGGAGGGGAGGGUAAAGCACCGGCAGGGGACAGGGGACGGGAAUCCUUCCUUCCAGCAAUCGAUCUGCCUUUCAUGUGCCGGCAACCAGAAUCCAACUGAAUAGAGACGACAUUCCCAAACUGUGGUGGGAUCUCCUGCUCUGCCUGGUGACCUCCUGUUCUGUCGUCCUGGGACAAUUUGUUGUCGU